GCUCUGAAUGGUAUUAGCCCAUUCGAAGGCUUAUCUUCUGAUCGCGAGGCAUUACACAGGAGACACCAGCUCGCCAAACGAGAGACACAGCCUCAGGACCAGACACUACAGCUGGACCCCAGAGCUUUUCACAGGUACAAGCUCAAGUCCAGGAGAUGCUGUUUCAAUGCCUUUCUAAUGAAGUAUAUCAUUGUCAACGGUUGUUUCCACCUUUGUGCUUUGUGUCUUACAAUUGUUCACUUUAGGACCUUCCGCUUGCGUCUGAGGCGAGACACGAUGGGAUUCACGGAGCCUUUUAAAGUCUUCUCUGAAAACAGAUCCAGCACAGUGGACCUCUUCCAUCUAUAUUCUGAAGAACUUGAAGGUAUGACACUUCAAGGAUUCGUGACGUCAUAAUCCAACAUACUGCCUCCCCUCAAAAAUACAAUCUGCCUGCCUGUCUAUCUAUCUCUCCCCUCCAUCUCUCUCUAACUCCCACCUGUCUGUCACUUACCAGAUGAGAGGUGUUCCUCCUGCCACAGCACUGUCAUCCAGGGCCAGUUUGAGGGUUCCGUCCUCACAACCAGUGGGACGUAUCAGGUAGAGGCCAUCCACAGAUACACCAGCCAGCCCUCACAACACCACUCCAUCAUCUACCAUGAGGACGACAUGGAUAAGAGGAUUGUUGAACAUCUAAUGAGUGUUCUUCUUAAAUGUAUAUCAAUGGUUAUAUUGCUUCCCCAAAAUGAUAUGGUCUAUUACAAACGAUUCUCAAAAUAUAUCUGCCAUUGUGUCACAUGGGUAUGUAUCCACCCUUCCUCAUUUUUGGAAUGAGGAAAUUAAUAUAAACCUAUAAAAAGACCAUGACCUCAUCUACCAAAGGUCAGGCUGACAUAUUUUAUGACAUCAUGGUCAGAUGAAAUGGACUAACGCUCAAUGCAAUGCCCUGAUGCCUCCUUACCACACCAGACCAGAGCAGAGCAGAUCAUGGCAUUGACCAGCAGAGAGGAUCCUGCACCAGGGCCAGACUAAUGGCUGGCAAUUGUUCCCUAUCUCUUCUUUCAUCCUAACCCAGUUUUAAACCAGCAGGCUGUGGGCUGAAGUUACGGUGGGUCACUGAUCCAGUCAUGCCCUGUGCUUUUCAGAGCAGAAAGGAGGUAAUGGGUUAACAGAGUCCUCUUAUGGAGCUCUGGGGGGUGGGAGGAGGUGGAGACUCACUCAGAACUCCAGCCAAAGAAAAUAAAAACCUGAGAUGAUGUGAGGGAGGAGGAGUGUCAGGUGACCUUCCUCCCAAGGCUGGGAACCCUUGGAGCUGGGUAGGCCUCUGAGAGGGCCUGACUAGAGAGGUUUGGCCAGGUGGCACUCAUUGGAAAGAGCCGUCAUCCUAUUUAACGUACGUCUCUGUGUGUGUGUGUGUGUGUGUCAGUGUAAGAUGAAUUCCAGGAAAGAGGUUAGCUCCCUGGAACCAUAUUACGCACACAAAGCCAAAACCGACUGCUUGUACUGGAGCUUUCUCAAGCUUUUUGUUGGAUAAGGAUUAAGGUCUCCUGGUCCCCAGACGUGGUAUGGACCAGGUUUGUUUGUAAAUAGGCCUUUAGGCACAGCACUCCAGACAGACAGACUGCAUGCUUAACGUCUUACUAACGUUACUUUUAUCAACAGACUGUCUGACUAGUGUCGCAUAGAUUUACACCAUGAAGGUCAAGCUCAUAACACCGUGGAAUAAGUUUUACCACACAUGGGGUCAUAAAGCAUUGAGAUUAUCUCCAAUGACUUGGAUAAGAGUAGUCUUUUGAAGUGUGUGUGUGUGUGUGUGUGUGUGUGUGUGUGUGUGUGUGUGUGUGUGUGUGUGUGUGUGCAUGGAGGAGAAGAGAGAUGGGGGCAGGCUAGUACUGACAGGUCCCCAUGCUGUGUAGAGUCCUGGCAGACAACCCAAAGUUAAACAAUACCAGAGAGAGGAGUGUCCGACUGUGUCUGUGUGUGAGCGCUCUGUGGUAACCCCUGGUCACGUGACCUCUCUUUUGAAGUCACACCACCAUGGUGUGAGAGAGGGAUAACUAUCGAGCAUUUCUCAUGCUCGCUGGGGCUCUGUCAUUCAGCCUGCUAGCUCUCCUUCCGCUCUGGGUGUCAUUAGUUAAGAGGCUCACUCAUGAAAACAUACUUAGACAUCCCCGCCCACAACCUUCAGAUUGACAAUGUCUCUAGUUCUGCUUGUAAGUGAAAAACAAAAUAAAAACAACAGUGAAGAAUAUGUAUUCCAGAUGUGUGAAAUAAUUUUUGCUUUAAGAUCUAUUCAAAAGAUCCUCACACAGUGCUUUCACACAUCGUUCACAUUGUAGUCCCGUGUAGCUCAGUUGGUAGAGCAUGGUGCUUGCACCGCCAGGGUUGUGGGUUCGAUUCCGAAGGGGGACUAGUAUUAAAAAAUAAGUAUGAAAAAUGUAUGCACUCACUACUGUAAGUCGCUCUGCUAAAUGGCUAAAAAAUAAAUAUGUGUUGUAAAGGGACAGCUGUUGAAUUACAUCCAGCCUCAAAGACUGAUUUCAGUCCCUUCAUGGAGGAUUUCGCAGAAAGAAUCUGUGUUGGGAAAUAGUCCCUGUGACCAUGCUUGCAACACCCACACAGGGUCUUCGCCUGGGUUGAUGACAUGAUUUGUAGCCCACCAUGGAUGACAUCUCAGGGGGGCUACUUUUAGCAAAUUACUCCGUUACAGUGACAGAACUUGUCAAUUAGCACAUUCAAGGGAUGUGGCCAUGUUCUCCUAUAGGAUUUAACUUUAACUCAAAAAAUAUAUCUGGUGACUGGGGGUUCUGAUCUAAUCUGUGGCUGAGUAUGGCACAGUGUCUCAGUGCACGUUUUAUGGAAUACACUUUUAGCCCUGAAUUGGUUUAAUCUUCAGGUAAACCAAACAGGAAAUCCACCUAUGCUUUUCAAACGUGCACGUUACACAUGCAAAGUGUAAUAGACUGUUUAAACUAUGUAUGGGAUAUUUAAAUUAACUAGACUGCAGUGAGACAGAUCAAGUUUAGUUAUUUAAGUUGGCGAAGAACUAUGCCUUUUUUUAAGAGUUUGGCUGCACGGUCCAGGAAUUUCUAGAGCGUUUGCUUACUUUUGUCUCCCCAUGCACGCAUAGUUGAGAGAGAGCACAACUCUCCAGCUCUGAGGCUCAAGAAGCACAUGGCAGACAUCUGGAAAUAAUUCUGUCAAUGGGUCAACGCCCGGCAUUUAACCCCCUCCCCCUCUCCCCGGUCCAACAUCCCCACCAAUGCCAUCUAUAGACCCAAUAACGCAUUGUCUCUCUGAGUGUUUGAUGGAGCCCAGGCGGCAGCAUGACAGCAGUGUUUUCUCAGUCCUCCACGGUUCAACCAUCAAGUCUUCCUCUGUCAGCCCUUCAAUCUGGGUUCGCCAAUUAGUAACAUGGCAGAAUUAUUCCAGUAAGUCACAUGUGAAAGUGAUUAUUGUUAUGUCAUACAGAUGUAGAAUCUUAAUUUGAGCCAGUUUGCAGCAACAGGAAAUGUGAAUUAUUAUGUGGAUUAUAAUUCAUGUACAUUAUUUUGUAGGGGCUGAUACAUUUUUUGUUACGGCAAAUCAAGUCUGAAAUUUUAAAGUGGAAAUUAAAAACUUUAGAAGACUUUUAAAACCUUGAAAAAAAUUUUAUCAGCAACAAACGACUGAUCAAAUUAAGAUCCUACAUCUGUAUGACAUUAUUGUAUAAUAUUGAAGCUAAUGACAAUUUGGGUAACGUUAUUCAUUGAUUUAAUUGGAACAGUCACAUCUCUCAAGUUAAAGCGUGUUCUGUUCUCUCUGAUGGGUUUGAGUGAGUAGGCUCAGAGAGAUCAUGGGGUCUGCUAUUGAAUAAUCCCCAGAUCUUCUGGUUUGGCUGGGGGGAUAUACUGAGACUUAUAGUUGAAGUUAUAGAGCAUGCAUUGUUAUACCAAUAGUAAGCUAUGAAAAUGAGUUCACUGCAGUUCUUUUCUGUAAAAGACCCACGCGGUCUGAUAUUAGGCCAUGAUGGUCUGCACUGCCAUUGAAGAAUACCUUGUUGAUAAGGUCAAGGAAUAGCAAUAAUUUUGGGGGGGGGGAAUAUCCAACAACAUCUCUGCAAUGUUUUUGGUGUCUGGUGUGUGGAUGCAAAGGCCUGUGAGAAGCUAUAUUUCACUGUGUGCCACAGUGGAGCCUAUUUUGUGUAAAUAUUGUAGGGAGAUAGCUUCACUUAAAUAUUUGCUAAUUGGAACCUAUGUCUAUAUGCCUUUGGUUAGUACAUAUUGCUGGAAAAGCAAUGUUUCUCUUUGAUUUUGUGUGUUUUGUUUAGGAUGUCAUCCUCAGUUCCCCAAGCUGAAGUAUAUAUCAUAUGAUAUUAUCAGUUUUCAAAGUUUUCCUUAUGAAUAAUCACUCAUUAGACAGUCAUUAUUAUGCAUGCGGUCCCAUCCUUGAACCUAAUUACCUUAAAAUCCAUUGCAAAAUCAAGUUCCCUGCCAAUGCAUCAUACAGGUAACUGCCAAAAUAAUGUAAUACAAAGGAUAUUGAAAGCAAGUGCUUCCACACAGGUGUGGUUCCUGAGUUAACCCCCUAGAGUCGAUUAACGCACAGGUGCGUCAAUCUAAGUAACAUAAUAAAAGAAUCCCCAUCAAAAUCAGUCAGUUUAAGCUAGAGAUUGGAGGCGUCUCAAACCACUGCAUCCGCCUAUGUCGGAUUUCCACAUCUGCCGUGAAAGGUGGCAGAGCUAGAGCGAUGUUUGUCAGACAAUGAGACAUCCUGAAAAUCGGUCUUCUCAUGAAAACGUCUGUACGAACCGUUUGACCUAGAAAUUAUUAUGAUCCAUCAAUGGAAAGAUGAGUCUCACGAAAAAGGGGAGACUCUCAUGAACACGAACACGAUGGUGGGCUCCGUUUUGCUCUACGACCCCCAUAAGUGUCACGGGAAUCGUCUGAAGGUAACCGGUACCGGUUAAAAAGAAUUAAUGGAAGUAUGAAGGUAGUUUUGUGCCUACCCAAAAAAGAGGUUCAAUACUGUAUGUGUACAAAAAACAAAACAUAUUUCCUGAGCUUUCUUAUAUUUCCUAGAUCUCCAAUCAAAAGUUAGAAUCGGCUUCCUAUUUCGCAACAAAGCCUCCUUCACUCAUGCUGCCAAACAUGCCCUCGUAAAACUGUAAUUUACAAAAUAGCCUCCAACACUCUACUCAGCAAAUUGGAUGUAGUCUAUCACAGUGCCAUCCGUUUUGUCACCAAAGCCCCAUAUACUACCCACCAUUGUGACCUGUAUGCUCUUGUUGGCUGGCCCUCACUACAUAUUCGUCGCCAAACCCACUGGCUCCAGGUCAUCUAUAAAUCACUGCUAGGCAAAUCCCCGUCUUAUCCUGGCUCACUGGUCACCAUAGCAACACCCACCCGUAGUCUGCGCUCCAGCAGGUAUAUCUCACUGGUCAUCCCCAAAGCCAACACCUCCUUUGGCCGCCAUUCCUUCCAGUUCUCUGCUGCCAAUGACUGGAACGAACUGCAAAAAUCUCUGAAGCUGGAGACUCUUAUCUUCCUCACUAACUUUAAGCAUCAGUUGUCAGAGCAGCUUACCGAUCACUGCACCUGUACACAGUCAUUCUGAAAUUAGCCCACCCAACUACCUCAUCCCCAUAUUGCUAUUUAUUUUGUUAAUUUGCACCCCAGUAUCUCUAUUUGCACAUCAUCUUUUGCACAUCUAUCAUUCCAGUGUUAAUACGAAAUUGUAACUAUUUUGCACUAUGGCUUAUUUAUUGCCUUACCUCCAUAACUUACUACAUUCGCACACACUAUAUAUAUAUUUUCUGUAUUUUUGACUUUAUGUUUUGUUUACCCCAUAUGUAACUCUGUGUUGUUGUUUUUAUCACACUGCUUUGCUUUAUCUUGGCCAGGUCGCAGUUGUAAAUGAGAACUUGUUCUCAACUGGCUUACCUGGUUAAAUAAAGGUUUAAUAAAAAAAAGAUGAUUUAUUUUUUGACUGCCUUUUUUGCCAUUAAUGAAGGUGUUAUUCAAUGCGUUUCUCUAGGCUAUUGUAGGCCAAAUUCUAUAUUUUAUCAAAUAAUUUAUAUAUAUAUAUUUGUUUAAUACCUAAAGGGGUCCUAAAAUUCAAAUUCAAAUAGCUAAAUGAUCCACAGUAUGACCAUCUUAAAACAAUGACAUAUGUCAGCUUACAAGAAGGGUGUCACAUCCCUCCAAAGAGUUCCAGACACUUGUAGAAUCUAUGCCAAGGUGCAUUGAAGCUGUUCUGGCUCGUGGUGGCCCAACAACCUAUUAAGACAGUAUGUUGAUGUUUCCUUUAUUUUGGCAGUUACCUGUAUGCACCAAUUUAUGGAAACAAAAUGUCUCCCUUGACAGCAUGGCUACUCAAUUAUUUAAAAAAGUUCUGAGUGUUCAUGGUCCCUGAGUUCUAAUUCAAAUUCAGACUUAUUAUUGCGGUUCAGGGAAACCACACAAGAACAACCACAAAGGCUACACAGUCAGUUUAUGGUGAUUGGAUAAAUACAUGUUUUCUACUCUGAGAUAGGCCUACAACUACAACUUAAAUAUUUAGCAUUAUUUUAUGCAUUGGCAAGUUAUAGAAUGGUAUAAGAGUUACACAAAACAAAAAAGUUGAGUUGGUUGUGUUGUAGAGUGUUGAACAGUAUAUCCUAUGUAAAAUACAGUGAGCAAAAUAAAACAGAAACUUACUUAUCAAUUAGGUGGUAUGUAUCUUUUGGGACUUAAAACAAUUAAAGUGGCCUAUGCACCUUUGUAGUUAAUAAUAGUAAGUAAUAGCCUCAUGAGACAUAUAGUUGAUUACAGAUCUCUGUAUACAACCUGGGGAUUUUCCACAUCAUCCAGUCUGUUGUACACGUGAAGUUAUCAGGAAACACAAACAGUGAGUCAGUAACCUUCUUCGCCAUGGCCCAUAUUUCAGCAAUCCAUCCUCCAUUAACCUAGACUAGUGGGUGUGACGGUCAUCAGUGUGUUGAUUUUAAACAACGCCAUGUUAGGGCCAAUACUGGUGGAUUAUCAACAAUCAUGUGACCACUUCCUACGCUCAAAUGGAGGAGUAGAACAUACAGUGCCUUGCAAAAGUAUUCAUCCCCAUUGGCAUUUUUCCUAUUUUGUUGCAUUACAACCUGUAAUUUAAAUGGAUUUUUAUUUGGAUUUCAUGUAAUGGACAUACACAAAAUAGUCCAAAUUGGUGAAGUGAAAUGAAAAAAAUAACUUUACGAUAUAUACAAAAUAAAUAACGGAAAAGUGGUGUGUGCAUAUGUAUUCAUCCCCUUUGCUAUGAAGCCCUUAAAUAAGAUCUGGUGCAACCAAUUACCUUCAGAAGUCACAUAAUUAGUUAAAUAAAGUCCACCUGUGUGCAAUCUAAGUGUCACAUGAUCUGUCACAUGAUCUCAGUAUAUAUACACCUGUUCUGAAAGGCCCCAGAGUCUGCAACACCACUAAGCAAGGGGCACCACAAAGCAAGCGGCACCAUGAAGACCAAGGAGCUCUCCAAACAGGUCAGGGACAAAGUUGUGGAGAAGUACAGAUCAGGGUUGGGUUAUAAAAAAAUCUCAGAAACUUUGAACAUCCCACGGAGCACCAUGAAAUCCAUUAUUAAAAAUUGAAAGAAUAUGGCACCACAACAAACCUGCCAAGAGAGGGCUGCCCACCAAAACUCACGGACCAGGCAAGGAGGCAACAAAGAGACCAAAGAUAACCCUAAAGAAGCUGCAAAGCUCCACAGUGGAGAUUGGUGUAUCUGUCCAUAGGACCACUUUAAGUCGUACACUCCACAAAGCUGGGCUUUACGGAAGAGUGGCAAGAAAAAAGCCAUUGCUUAAAGAAAUAAAUAAGCAAACACAUUUGGUGUUCGCCAAAAGCCAUGUGGGAGACUCCCCAAACAGGUACUCUGGUCAGAUGAGACUAAAAUUGAGCUUUUUGGCCAUCAAGGAAAACGCUACGUCUGGCGCAAACCCAACACCUCUCAUCACCCAGAGAACACCAUCCCCACAGUGAAGCAUGGGGUGGCAGCAUUAUGCUGUGGGGAUGUUUUUCAUCGGCAGGGACUGGGAAACUGGUCAGAAUUAAAGGAAUUAUGGAUGGCGCUAAAUACAGGGAAAUUCUUGAGGGAAACCUGUUUCAGUCUUCCAGAGAUUUGAGACUGGGACGGAGGUUCACCUUCCAGCAGGACAAUGACCCUAAGCAUACUGCUAAAGCAACACUCGAGUGGUUUAAGGGGAAACAUUUAAAUGUCUUGGAAUGGCCUAGUCAAAGCCCAGACCUCAAUCCAAUUGAGAAUCUGGGGUAUGACUUAAAGAUUACUGUACACCAGCGGAACCCAUCCAACUUGAAGGAGCUGGAGCAGUUUUUCCAUGAAGAAUGGGCAAAAAUCCCAGUGGCUAGAUGUGCCAAGCUUAUAGAGACAUACCCCAAAAGACUUGCAGCUGUAAUUGUUAGUUAUGCACGCUCAAGUUUUCUGUUUUUUUGUCUUAUUUCCUGUAUGUUUCACAAGAAAAAAUAUUUUGCAUCUUCAAAGUGGUAGGCAUGUUGUGUAAAUCAAAUGAUACAAUCCCCCCAAAAAUCCAUUUAAAUUCCAGGUUGUAAGGCAACAAAGAGGAAAAAUGCCAAGGGGGGUGAAUACUUUCGCAAGCCACUGUAGUACAAGGCCCCUUACCUUUGGCCUACUGCAAUGACUGUUUGAGAUGAAUUCAGAUUGCUGCAUUUGUUGGAAAGAGUCUUUGCUUUUUUUUACGGGAAAACAUCAGUAUACACUUGUGAUAAAUACUAUGAAUUGAGUCACUAGGGUUGGUUUGUGUUACAAAUAAACAUUUAAAAGUAUAUGCAAUUGAGAAAGUCAAUGUGUUUGUGUUUCUAUUUAUAUAUUUGUAUAUAUAAAUAUAUUUGUACACAAACACACACACACACACAUGCACAGUGUUUGGUAUCAGUAUUGGCACCAGUAUGGCGUAGUGUUUGACAGAACUCAUGAUAAAAUGGCAGUUAAGAUAAAAGAUAAGAGAAAAGAGUGCCCACAUAGUAUUGAUUUGCUUGUUUUUCCUCUGUAGAUGAUCUGCAGAUACAGUAGCUAUUGCAGGUCUUAUUAUGUUUAGCGAUAUAAGCUACCCUGUAAAUUGAUUCAAUAAACAGCAGGUAUGGCUUUGCGUGCCAGCUCCACGUAUUUCCUUAAUCUAUUGUAGGCAGGCCAUUGUCUCUAAAGGCGCCAGGCUAGUUGGGUUAUGGUCUCUAUAUCUUGAUCAACAAUGGGUAUAGGGAGAUUUGAACAUGUACAGAACAUCAUGUAAAGUUAUUUAUUUAUAGCCACAUGCUUGGAAACAUACAUAAUUUCCUUUAUUUUGACAUUAGCUAUAAAAUGGAUUGAGCAGAUGUUGUUCCAUGAAGAACUUUCCAUCCUGCCGACCCCGUUCUCCCCCCUCAGACACGUUCCCACAGGUGACUGGCCCUGAGGUCACUCUCUGUCUAUGUGGCCUUGCUAGCGGCAGAUGUAGUACCUUUUUGUUUUUACCAGACAAUGUGAUUUUAACCACAAACCUUAGCUUUACCCAACAGGGUAAUAACCACACAUUUGUGGUGGUGUGAGAAUGCACAAGGCCGUAAAACUAAAUAGCUUGUUCUUGCUGAAAGGUUAUGACUGGAUUUUCCAGUGUACAGGUCAAAGAGAACAUCGGACAAUUCUAAAUCCUGCUGCCUGCUCUUUCCUGCCGACCACUUCUACUACAGGAAGUUCAAGAGCGUUGAAGCUGUUGUGGCUCAGGUGAUUGGUCUAAAGAAAUGUGAACCCAAAAAUACCAAAUAGGUGGUCUGUAUGGAUGCCUUUAAAACAUAUAUUUUUAGGAUUAUCCAUCUCUAUGUAAGGGGGUUUAUUGUGCCUGUCCUUUCAGCCCAAUGGUCAAAUGCUACUUUCCAAAGUUUGUACCCCAAUUAAUGUCAAUUUAUGGAAUGGAGAGAGAAUGUAUUUCAUUUUUGGACUGAUAAGCAACUUCUGCCCUUUCCGUGCGCCAUUUGUGAGUUGCUUCAAUGGGAAGGGUCGGGGCCCGGGGAGUCUGCCAAAUCUGACUUGUUCUAUGUUUCAUGAAGCAGAGAACAUGCAGUACAUUUGAAACCCUAGCAUGCUAGAUGCCAUCAUUAUGUAGUAUUAGUAUGCCAUAGAUAAGGCAUCAGGAUUUCCCUGUCUCUCAGUAACCCCAUCCGUUCUAUUUACCAGCUUUGUUCUCAGAAGUUGUGUCCAGAACUGGAGGUACUUCUCGAUAUCGGAUACAUCUGGACAAAAGCUCAC